UUGCCCGAUGUCAAUAUCCGUGGGAACUUUUCUCUAGUUACGAAUUAUAGAGCCGCAUCUGUGUGAUGGAACGGUUGUGGGAUCCCUGAACGUCCAGAACCGGAGCCCAGGUCUGCCUUUUCUGCUGGAAACUCCACAUCCUCUCACACCGACAACGUGGCAGAACUUUUUUUUCACGCGGAAAGUAGACGGGAGUGGGCGUCGUGACGCGGUAACUUAGAUAGAAGUUUCGUACUAUCUGUCAUUACAGCCGUCGAACUUGCCAGGAGCGUGUUUGACCAGCAGACCAACAGCUCUGUUAGCGGGGAUUGGACCCACUCCAUGUCUGCCUGAGCGAUCCAGCAGAUCCUCACAGCUGCUCCGAUGACACCAUCGCCUGACCUUUACCCUCCUGUUAUCAUGUUGUGGCUUUCGCUUGAAAAACGUGGAAGAACUUUGUACCUGCAGAUGUGAGCGGUGAGAAAGAAAGAGUCGCGCUCCAGAGUUUAAAAUAAAAGCCGAGUUUGUAAGACAUUUUGAAUGUAGGUGAGUCAUUACAGGGGUGGGUCAGCAUGGAUCACAGAGGGCACUCGAUGACAGAUUCUGGGCGUCGACACCGCGGGUCUGAAGAGCACAAGUACCGCCACCGGGAUGGGGACCCCCGGACCUCUCGCCAGGAUGCCCACUACAGGAGCCACUUCACCAGCCCUCAGCCACUGUAUCAGUUCACCAGCCAGCACUAUCACCACGACUACAGCCAGGCUGACCACUACAGACCUCCAUCCAGGUACGGCUACAACUACCCCCCCAACACUCACUGGGACUACAGGGAGAACUACGGCUACUAUGAACAAGACUAUUACAGAACACCCGCAGGACGUCCAGAGGUUGGCCAGUGGGCUUCUUCGGAGUCAUGGCGGUCAGACCACCAGCAGUAUGGGGCGUACAGUCAGGAGCAGGCGGGGAACUGCAACGCACAAGAGGACAGGAAGGAACACCCGAGGGACAACUGGCACCAAGACAGCGCCUCACCUGAGAAGCAAGACACUUCUCCGUAUUAUCUCGGGACCCUGGAAAAUUCCAAAUACUCUGGCCUGUCGUCCAGCAGCUAUGAACUGAGUCAGUACAUGAACGGAGCCGAACACGGCGACACACAAACACAUCUGCCUGCGGAGCAGGCUUUUGCAGAUGACCAAGUGACAGAUACUCGUCCCAAGUUUUCUGUUCCACACUCAGUCGUCAGCUUUGGACCGGCCGGGCACCUGAUCCGGGUCACUCCAGGAGCUUCCACACAGGAGCACAUCAGCCAGGUGGAAAUCCACAGUCUGGAGGUAAUUUUUAGUGAGACCAAAGAACAGCAGGAGAUGAACAACUACCCGGGGCCUCUCAUAAGGGGUGACUUUCACAAAGUAGAUGCGAUAGAAUUUGCCGGACAGAGAGCAAGAGACUGCCGGAGAGACGACACGCUGCCGGACCGGAGCGCUGCAUCCCUUCUCUGGAAUCUGCUGAUACUGCUGUGCAGACAGAAUGGACAAAUAGUUGGGUCAGAUAUAGCAGAGCUGCUGAUGGACGGAUCAAACGCUGAUGGGAGCUGGGAGAAGGAGAGCCCGACGCUCAUCGAUUUCAGCGAAGGCUUGAGUGAUGAAGCUCCGCCGUGCCAAGGAGAUGACUUGCUGACAGGGAGCUGGAGCAGCUUCUGCCCAGAGACAUCUGAAAAGGCGCUGCGGAGCUACACACAGCUACUGCUGGCAGGAAGAAAGAAGGAGGCGCUGGAGUCAGCAAUGAGCAGUGGCCUCUGGGGACAUGCUCUUUUCCUUGCCAGCAAGAUGGACAACAGGUCGUACACCACCGUGUUGACCAGGUUUACAGGACAGAUAACAGCCACCGACCCACUUCAGACUCUGUUCCAGAUGCUCUCUGGCAGAGUCCCAGCUGCUGCCACGAAUUGUGGUCUUCAAAAGUGGGGCGACUGGAAGCCCCAUCUGGCCAUCAUGCUGUCCAAUGAGACUGGAGAUCCAGCCGUCCAGCGCAGAGCCAUUAUCACCAUGGGAGACACUCUAGCAUCCCGUGGUCUCCUGCAUGCGGCCCACAUCUGCUACCUGACAGCUGGUGUUCCUUUUGGGGCAUAUACUCAGGAAACUGCAAGAGUGGUGUUACUGGGCAGCAGCCAAAGUCAGCCUUUCAGAUGCUUCUCCACAAACUUGGCCAUCCGCUGCACGGAGCUGUAUGAGUACUGCCAGACACUAGGAGGAAAGCAAACAUCAAUACCGUCUUUUCAGGUGUACAAGUUCCUUUAUGCCACACGACUGCUGGACUGUGGACUUGCAGCUCAAGCGUUCCACUACUGCGAGGUGAUAGCACGAGCACUGGUCAGAGAGCCAGAGUGCUUUCCUGUGUUGACUGAGGAAGUUGUGAAGCUUGCUGACAGACUAAGACUCACAGAAGGUCAAUUCAACAACUCAGGACUCACAGAGCUGGAGCCCAGCUGGCUGACUGAGCUGCGUCACAGGAACAACAGUCUGCAGACAGGAAGUUGGAUAGAAACUCAUCCCUCCUAUCACGAAACACCUUCAUUCCUUGAUGAUUCUGGAACAUUUCCAGACUGUGACGUCGACAGUCUGCAGUGUGACAGUCAGAACUCAGCGACCAGCCAUGUGUAUGACAGUGUUGCAGAGAAUCAGGGACCUUCUGUGAGUCAUAAUGAAGACCAAAGUAGGGAGAUGGCAGCUCUGCUGCUGGCUGACAGACGAGCUGACGAAUGGCCGGCAGUGAGCGGCACAGCACCAUUGGCUUCAGCUCCUUUUGCUGCCUCAGCUGCAUGGAACCAAGACUCAAGUUAUCCCAGCGCAGACACUGUUCAGGUCACAGCCAUCGUCCCUGGCUGUCCUCAGAGUGACUUACCAUCUGCAGCAGAGGUUGCUGAGCCUCCUUCAGAAACAAACACAAUGCCGGAUGUUCUACUGCAUCAGAACCUGCCAGAGAAUCCUGGAUACUCCCCACAGACCACGGAGGCCCUGACACAGCGCUCCAAGCCUGGGUGGUUCAGCGGAUGGUUCAAGUCCAAGCCCAAAGAAAAGGAGAGUUUGGAGCAGCACAGUCCAGCAGGAGUAGUGUCGCCUCACCAUUCAGACUCCAGUCCUUCACCUCCCACUAUCAGUGCACCGCCGGGCCAGACAGCUCCCACUGGGAUCAAUCCCUUCUCAAGAAAAGCUGGCCAGAAGCUCGGCUAGCAGCGACCCAUCAGACCAUCUGAUGCAGGGAGAGCAACGUACCUCCACAAAAUCCUGAAGCUUUCCACAUUCUGCUGCGUCUGAUAUACUUGUGGGUGGGAGGCGUCGUAAAAAGGAGGCGCAAAGGAUCAUGAACCAGAGAUGCAGACAGGAGCAAUGUUAGUUCCUGAGCCCUCAAAAUAGUUGACAGAAGACCCCUAUCCUCUUACUGCAAUGGGCUGACUCAUAGAUAUAAUAGGUGUGAGUAUAAUUCAAUUUCAUUCAGGACUUUGUAUAUUCAAUGCACAAAAUAGGAAGAUGAAGGUUGCAUACACACAUGCUCUGGUUUUCAGCUAAAAUAUCGGGUCCAUUUCUGUACUAAUGUUAUUAUUUACUCUUAAUAUUUCCUAGUCUACCAAAUUCAAACUCAUUUCUAAAGCAAUCCAAAACCUACACUGGUGACCAGUUGCUCCUGUAAUGUGAUGCCUAUAAAAGAUCUAUCGUUUCUGCAGGACUGGUGUGUGAUAAACACACAAAUGUCUCACGAAGUAUCAGCUGUGCAAGCUUGAUGAUGACGCAUGUGAAAAAAAAACAGCUAAGAAUGAGCGGUAUCCAGGCGUGGGUACCGGGAAAGACUUUUAUGUGACGGAGAGUCAACAUUCCUGUAGUUCUAAUUUCAGAGUGUUUACAUGCUCACAAUUUUGACGGUUCCUAUUUCAGACUAAGGGCUGUUAAAAGCGCGACUACACUUGUAUGUACUGUUGUUAACACAAUGUAUAUCCAUGCAUGACACUCUAAUAAGAGAACAGGUAGAAGCUACUCAUGCCUGUUUGUAAUCUGAGUACCAUCUGUAUAACAGUGACUUGGUUUUGUAAAUGUUGCAUGUCUUAUUAAUUUAUUUGUUGAACAAAUUGACAAAAGUGAAAUGUAAAAGCAAAUAUUACAUUGGCUUGCGACAUAAA